AUGGCCGGGAAGCUGUACCAGCUGAUGUCGAGGAUGCACAUGGCGAGCAGCCGGUCGUCGUCGUCGUCGGCGGCGGCGGCGGACGUGCCGAGGGGGCACCUGGCGGUGUACGUCGGCGAGAGGCGGAAGCGGUUCGUGAUCCCGACGGCGUGCCUGAAGCACCCGUCGUUCGUGCUGCUGCUGAAGCGGGUGGAGGACGAGUUCGGCUUCGACCACCGCUGCGGCGGCCUCACCAUCCCCUGCGCCACCGAGGGCGACUUCGCCUCCAUCGUCGGCGGCGUGGCCUCCGCCGCCGACCACUAG